AUGUCGUGGCUGCGAACGGCCGUGAAUAAGGCGGUGGAGGUCGGAAACCGCAAAAAUAUCACACGAACCGUUAGGAACUAUGCCGACUCCGUCGUCCAGCAGGCUGGCCAAGCCGUCGCUGAAGGAGCCAAAUUGCUUCAAGACCGCAUUGGUGCUGGGGCCUUUAAGAGUGUUAAUCAGACGAUUCAGAGAUUGGAAGAAGCUGCAGUGUCAUACAGAGGUCAUGAAAGAGCAUUGCUGAUUACCAGAUGGCUAUCUGUGCUUAAGGAGAUCGAUAAAGCUACUCAAAGUGAUAAACAAAUGACCUCCGAGGAACUACUUGCUUCUAAUGAAGCAAAGAGACGUGAAUGGGUUUUGUAUUACGAUCCAGAUAUAGGAGGUGAGCCUCUAAACUUCCGUGAUGUUUUUCUGCAAAGUCAAGCUCUGGAGGGCAUCGUUCUGUCCAUGAUUAUUGAACCACCGCAUGACGAUGAAAUCACGCUACUCCUGGAGAUGUUUGGGCUUUGUCUGAAUGGAGCAAAGGAAGUUCAUGAUGCCAUAGUCAGCAGUAUGCAGGAUCUUGCUACAGUCUUUUCGAGUUACAAGGAUGAGGUUUUGGAAUUGGGUGCGGAAAUUGCACAACUUGAGAAACAAAGAGAUGAGCUGGAAGCUGAACUGAAGAAGGUUAAUAUAUCUUUAGCUGCUGCCCAAGCUCGGUUCCGUAACGCAACGGAGGAGAGGGAUCAAUUUGGUGAAGCCAACAAUCAGAUAAUCGCUCACCUGAAAACAAAGGAGGAUGACCUGUCCAAAUCAGUUGUAGCUUGUAAGAAAGAGGCAGAAGUUAUCAAGACAUGGAUUAACUUUCUUGAGGAUACAUGGCUUCUUCGAUGCUCAUACACCGAAACGAAGGAUAAGCAGACUUUGUCGGAGAUGCCACCAAGUGCAGAUCAGGGGGACAAUCAAGUUUCAGACCCGAGGAAAAGUCUGGAGAUGGAGUAUCUAGACUAUGAGACCAAGAUCAUAACCACCUUCAGCAUUGUGGAUAACAUGAAAGAGCAUUUCCAGGCUCUUCAAAGCAAACUGGAAAAGAAGGACGACCGGCGAGUGAAAGAGCUAUUUGAUGACAUGGAGAAAAUGAGGCAGCAAUUCGAAUCCAUAGCGAGGCCAACGUUAGAGAUAGAGACUCCAUCACCUAAAAGCAGUGCUUCAACACCCAAAUCCCCCAGUCCCAGCACUAGCAUGGAUGCUCCUGUUGAAUCUACUACUCCGACCCAAAAGCCAGAGUUGAGCAAUCCUCCCAAGGCACCGCUCACUGCUGCUGGUUCCAGUCAGGAAUUCAACCCUGAAGCGGAACUAGCUGAGCUUGAAUCUGAAUUUGGUAAGGUGGCUCGUGAUUACUCUGCAGAUGAGGUUGAUGGAUGGGAAUUCGAUGAACUUGAGAAAGAAUUGCAGUAG